CGGCGGCGGCGGACGCGGCCUGAGGGAGCGGCGGGCGGGGCGGCGCCUGGCCCGGCAGGGCCGCGCCGGCUGAGGGGCGUCCAUGGCGCGCGGGCCUCGGCGGGGCGCGGCCGCGGCCUGAGGGCGGCCAUGUCCGGGGUGGUGCGGACCCUCAGCCGCUGCCUGCUGCCGGCCGAGGCCGGAGCCCGCGAGCGCAGGGCCGGCGCGGCGCGCGACGCGGAGCGCGAGGCCCGACGGCGCAGCCGCGACAUCGACGCGCUGCUGGCCCGCGAGCGGCGCGCGGUCAGGCGGCUGGUCAAGAUCCUGCUGCUGGGCGCCGGCGAGAGCGGCAAGUCCACCUUCCUCAAGCAGAUGCGCAUCAUCCACGGCCGUGAGUUCGACCAGAAGGCGCUGCUGGAGUUCCGCGACACCAUCUUCGACAACAUCCUCAAGGGCUCAAGGGUGCUUGUGGACGCGCGUGACAAGCUCGGCAUUCCCUGGCAGCACUCUGAGAAUGAGAAGCACGGGAUGUUUCUGAUGGCCUUCGAGAACAAGGCAGGGCUGCCUGUGGAGCCUGCCACCUUCCAGCUCUACGUGCCAGCCCUGAGCGCACUCUGGAGGGACUCCGGGAUCAGGGAAGCCUUCAGCCGCAGGAGCGAAUUCCAGCUGGGUGAAUCAGUGAAGUACUUCCUGGAUAACUUAGACCGGAUUGGCCAGCUGAACUACUUCCCCAGUAAGCAAGACAUCCUGCUGGCCAGAAAGGCCACCAAGGGAAUCGUGGAACAUGACUUCGUUAUAAAGAAAAUCCCAUUUAAGAUGGUGGAUGUAGGCGGCCAGAGGUCACAGCGCCAGAAGUGGUUCCAGUGCUUUGACGGGAUCACAUCGAUCCUGUUCAUGGUGUCCUCGAGCGAGUACGACCAGGUCCUCAUGGAGGACAGGCGCACCAACCGGCUGGUGGAGUCCAUGAACAUCUUCGAGACCAUCGUCAACAACAAGCUCUUCUUCAACGUCUCCAUCAUCCUCUUCCUCAACAAGAUGGACCUCCUGGUGGAGAAGGUGAAGUCGGUGAGCAUUAAGAAGCACUUCCCGGAUUUCAAGGGGGACCCGCACCGGCUGGAGGACGUCCAGCGCUACCUGGUACAGUGCUUUGACAGGAAGCGUCGGAACCGCAGCAAACCGCUGUUCCACCACUUCACCACCGCCAUAGACACCGAGAACAUCCGCUUCGUGUUUCAUGCUGUGAAGGACACGAUCCUGCAGGAGAACCUGAAAGAUAUCAUGCUGCAGUGAGAGAGAGACAGCCCCUCUGCUGUCCUCUCGUGCCUCCACGGCCCAUGGUCACAUGUCUGGUGUGUCGUCGCCUGCAUGGACCUGCAGUGGGCAUCGAAUCCACACCAUCUAAUACCUGGCUCAAGAAUGCUGGACUGCCAGCCACACCAGCGAGCUCCAGGCAAGAGGACGUAGGAGUGUCAGUGACAGCUACUGAAUCCGGGGACUGUGAAACUACUGAAUCCACGCCAUCGCUCUGGUGUUGAUCUGAAAAACCUGGCAACGCAGCUUUUUCCCUCCUUACAGAAACUGUUCCUUGCUGACACAGCUUACCCAAGGUUCCGGCACAUGUGUCCUCUCAUUCAUGACAGAAACACAAACCCAGCUGGCCUUGCAGCUGGCUCUUCCCUCUGACUUACAGGUCCUCACUGAGACACACUAACUCGGAAGCUUAGCCUCACGUUAGGCUAUAGAGGGGCAUGUGACGCUGUCCAAGCUCAGGCCACAGUGCCACCCCUGCAAAGUGAACACACUGCCUUUAAAAUUGUGCCAACACCCUCAGACACCCCACUCCAGGCAUAUCAGGAUGAGCCAAGGAGCCAGGUGUCCCCACUCCCUCUGUAGAGAACCAAGUGGGAGUUGUGACACUGCCUUAGUGCCCCAGCAGUCACUCCCCUGUCUGCGUGCCCAGCAGGGCACAGCGUGGAGAGGGCCUCUGGAGCGGCUCUGGCUAGCCCCGUGUAUACAUACUGGUGCUCUCUACUCCUUCCCCAUCCCUCCACAGCCAGUGGCAAAGACACAGAACCAAGUGGCCUUGUAGGUGGCUCCUAUGCCUUACUUGACAGUUGGUGGCAUGUAGCAUCCUCUAUCCUGGGCUCUGGAAGCAGGCCAGAGAGAUGCUCUGCAACUCCAGAGCAUCUCCAUGCCUUGGCUGCUUGGUGGGCCCCAGCCACUGGCCCUUCAGGAGAAGCCCUGGGCUCUGCACACCACCCCUCACCGUUGCCUUCACAGUGCGCUCUGCUCUCAGAGGUGCUGGCAGGCUGCCUUCCUUCACAGUGCACACAAAGCCAAUAGGCACCCUCCAAACUCUGGGGACAUCAGCACAACAUCUCAGCCUGGCCUGCCCAGCUUCCUGGCAAGUGUCACACUAUUUUACAAUAUAUUGCAUUCCAGACCUGGCCCUCUGUACAUUCAUUAUUCUCUAGGGGUCGGGGGUGGGGCUUAUGACUUCCUAGCAUUUGAAACAAAAGAUCUCUGGCCCCAGAGUGUUCUGUGGCUCACUAACACAUCCAGGGGCCCUGUCUGCAGGCACACUGCUCCUGACACAGCAUCCCAUCUUGGCUUAUUUCAGCAACCAGACAAAUAGGAUUCUUGGAGCAGAUGCUAAGCCAGGAGAAGGGGAGCUGCUUCUGAACCCCACUUGCAGUGCUGUGAUUAGGAAAUAGCAGUCAGCCUCCCUGUCACUUGCUCUCGCUCUCUGUGCUCAAGAGUUUGUAUCAGCGUUUGCUGAGCUUCUGGCUCUUUCCUUUGGGAAGAGAAGAGCCAUUCUGCCUGCUUCACCAAGUCUUCAUGGGCUGAGGGAAUAUGGCCAGCAACCAUGCGGGCUCCUCAGGGGUCUUAGGUCCGCACACAGUAAGCAUCCUUGCCAGAUGCCUCAUGUAUCUCAGUCAGUGCCAAGACCCCAAGCAGACACAAGCUGUUCCCCAGCCGCUGUUGGAGGCCGUUGUGACUGAGGUGAGUGGUGGGGUUGUCAAGGAAGAGUGCCUGACAUAUGUACCAGUCCCUUUCAAAGCUGGAAACAUGUGAGUAGCAAGAUGUGAAAUUGCAGCUAGCUGAGCAGGUGGAUGGCCAGAGGCCCAGCGGCUUGGACCAGCUCAGCCUCUGGCCCACCUCCCUGGUGAGCCGAGCCUGGCCAUAUCCUCUGUUAGGAUGCCCCACUCUGUGAUCCGUGAAGUGGUGCAAUCGGAAAAGGAGAUGGUGUUUGCAGGGCAAGGCUGAAGUCAUUUACAAGUCUCUACACAUAGACUGUAGUCAGGUUUGUCUCCCAGACCCUAGGCUUUUCUAUUUUUUUUUUAUUUUAAUUUCACUGUUACCUUGACUAUUGUCCUUUUUAUUGCAGUGUUGGAGAAGCAGAAGGUAUUUGUGCCUCCUCUAUUACUGCAAAAAAACAAAUGUAACAAUAAACUUGCUAAAAAUCA